AUGGCCCCCGCCGCCCCCAUGGGCCGCGGCGGCUCGCGCGCGGCCCCGGCCGCCGCGGCGCCGCCGUGGCACGUGCUCCCGGACGAGGUCUGGGAGCACGCCUUCUCCUUCCUCCCCGCGGACUCGGACCGGGGCGCCGCCGCGGCCGCCUGCCGCUCCUGGCUCCGCGCCGAGCGCCGCUCGCGCCGCCGCCUCGCCGUCGCCAACUGCUACGCCGCGUCCCCGCAGGACGCCGUCGACCGCUUCCCGGCCGUCCGCGCCGUCGAGGUCAAGGGCAAGCCCCACUUCGCGGACUUCGGCCUCGUGCCGCCCGCCUGGGGCGCCGCCGCCGCGCCCUGGGUCGCCGCCGCCGCUGACGGCUGGCCGCUGCUCGAGGAGAUUAGCUUCAAGCGCAUGGUCGUCACCGACGACUGCCUCGAGAUGAUCGCGGCCUCCUUCAGAAACUUCCAGGUCCUGCGCCUCGUCUCCUGCGAGGGCUUCAGUACCGCCGGGCUCGCUGCCAUUGCCGCCGGUUGCAGAAAUCUAAGAGAACUUGACCUUCAGGAGAACGAGAUUGAGGAUUGCUCUAUUCAUUGGCUCAGUCUCUUUCCAGAAUCCUUCACUUCUUUGGUAACUCUAAAUUUUUCAUGCCUAGAGGGGGAUGUCAAUAUCACUGUACUUGAACGACUAGUAACCAGAUGUCACAAUCUCAAGACUCUCAAGCUCAACAAUGCUAUACCUCUUGACAAGCUUGCUAACCUUCUUCGCAAGGCUCCUCAGAUUGUAGAACUUGGAACAGGAAGAUUCUCUGCGGAUUACCAUCCGGAUCUCUUUUCAAAGCUUGAAGCAGCAUUUGCUGGUUGUAAAAGCUUAAGAAGGCUCUCUGGGGCUUGGGAUGCCGUUCCAGAAUACCUGCCAGCAUUUUAUUGUGUAUGCGAUGGCCUCACAUCACUAAAUCUGAGCUAUACUACUGUACGAGGCCCUGAACUGAUUAAAUUCAUUAGCAGAUGCAAAAAAUUACAGCUCUUAUGGGUGAUGGACUUGAUUGAAGACCGUGGUCUAGCUGUUGUGGCAUCAUCUUGUAAUAAACUGCAGGAGUUGCGGGUCUUCCCUUCUGCUCCUUUUGAUGCAGCUGAGCAGGUUUCUUUAACUGAAAGAGGUCUUGUUGAUGUCUCUGCUAGUUGCCCAAUGUUGGAGUCGGUCCUCUACUUCUGCAGACGGAUGACCAAUGAGGCCCUUAUUACCAUUGCAAAGAACCGGCCCAACUUCACUUGCUUCCGCCUAUGCAUCAUUGAGCCUCACACACCAGACUACACUACACACCAGCCUCUUGAUGCAGGUUUUAGUGCCAUUGUGGAAUCAUGCAAGGGCCUUAGGCGGCUUUCUGUUUCAGGCCUUCUCACAGAUAUUGUAUUUAAAUCCAUCGGGGCUCAUGCUGAUCGUCUUGAGAUGCUCUCGAUUGCCUUCGCUGGGAACAGUGAUUUGGGCCUGCAUUACAUCCUAUCGGGCUGCAAGAGCUUGAAGAAGCUAGAGAUAAGGGACUGCCCAUUUGGUGAUAAGCCAUUGCUGGCAAAUGCUGCCAAGCUGGAGACAAUGCGAUCCCUUUGGAUGUCGACGUGCUCACUGACCCUGGGCGCAUGCCGACAGCUUGCACGCAAGAUGCCCCGCCUUAGUGUGGAGGUCAUGAAUGAUCCUCGACGGAGAUGCCCCUUGGACUCUCUCACAGAUGAGAGCCCUGUCGAGACAUUGUAUGUCUACCGGACAAUUGCAGGUCCAAGGUUCGACACACCAGCUUGUGUCCAGAUUGUCUAA